AUGCCGAAGGAACGUUCCAACAAUGACAACUGCAAUGCAAUAGCGAGGCUCAUAAAGGAUUUCUGUAGCUGCUCAGAGAACGCAACGUGGUCACCAGAAAUGACGUCAGAUAAACGGAAAGAUCCUGUCCUCAGAAGCGAAAUGACCAACAUGUCGGCAAUGCGGAGAAGAAUAAUGACAAUCGCAAAGAGAAAAACGAGAGACGUUCCACCGGAGCCACCUAAACUUUAUGACCACGGUCUCGACAAAAAAUCAGAAACUUUAACCUCGAAUUUAAUUAAUACAACUAUAAGUUCACAAAGCAGCACUUUGAGAAGAAAUAUAGACAAUUUCUUACUUUCUAGAAGGAUGUUUGCACUAGAAGAGGACAUCUAUGAGAAACCUAUACCAGUUACAAUAAAAAACUCGUCGUGCGGUGAGAAUUGGUCACUAAGUAAAGCUUGGAAGAACAACAAUGCCGAUUUCUUUCAUCGAUCUCCUACUCUCGAUUCUAAUCGAUUAGUUGAUCGUAAUUAUACAUAUUUAGAACGAAUAGAUGAAGUUCCACGACGGAAGAAAAGAGACAAAAAACACAAGGAGCAACUGCGUUAUGAUAGGAAUAUAAAACGACAUAUUAGGAUUAGAGUUAUGUUAUCAUUGCGAAUGAGGAGGUAUAUGAAGAGACGGCUAAGGAAGCCCCAUAUACAGCCGCAGAAUGCUAACGUGCCACCAAGAAGGUUUCCCAGAGGAACAUCUAUCAAUUCAAGUUUCGGUACACGAUCCUAUAGAAGUGUUAUGACUGACAAACUAGGAGAUGGUGCGGUUCUAUUUGACAUACACGAAGCAAGGAAUUCCACUAUGGAGCUAUGCCAUGACUAUGAAGAAGACCUCGACACGUUGGAAAUUGCUUUACGCGCCGGUAAUUUUAGGAGCGGUCGGCUAGCUGUCGAGGGCUGGUGGUGCGGGCGGGCGAUGCCGGAGGCAGGCGGGCGCGCUAACAACGGCGCGUUGGCGCUGCACUAUGCCGCUGCCCGGGGCUGCUUGGAUUGUGUCAGGCUGUUGACGAACACCACACCUGAUGUCUCUGCGAACACAGCGAUGGACAAUGACGUCACGCCGGUUUACCUCGCCGCCCAGGAGGGCCACCUCGCUGUACUCAAGUACCUCGUGUUGGAGGCCGGUGGACGCCUGGACGCGAGGGCGAGGGACGGUAUGCUGCCAAUACACGCCGCCGCGCAGACCGGAUGCUUGGAUUGCGUCAAAUGGAUGAUCGUGGAACGAAACGUGGAUCCAAAUGCGAGGGACGGAGAUGGUGCUACUCCUCUCCACUUCGCCGCAUCCAGAGGCCAUCUGAGCACCGUACGCUGGCUGUUGAGGCAUGGUGCCAGGCUACAUCUCGACAGGCACGGCAAGAGUCCCAUUAAUGAUGCCGCUGAAAAUCAUCACUUGGAGUGCCUGAACGUGUUGGUGGCUGCCGGCGCUGCCGGAGCAGAUAGUAAGCAGCUCGCGUCGUAUAAAGCUAUCCAUUCCUGCGCAUGUACACAAGGCGAAGCGAGAUGCGCACUACCAAACUGCAUCAAUGCUAACGGCAGCCAUUCUCCAUUCUACCUCCAUGCCCCGGAGAAGGAGCACCGUAGUUCUGUAAAGGAGCGCCGGGGAUCCCUGCCGUCUACCAUAGGAUCGAUCGGCUCAAAUCGCUCGGGCCCAGCGGAUGGGUUAUAUGUGAACCCAAUGCAAAGAGCCACAUCCACUUCUGCUACCCACAACAGCUCCUCUGGGGAAGAGAGUUCAGCGUGCUCAGCAUCGGAUGCAGACUCAGGGAAUCCUGGCGGCUGGUUCCUGCAUAACAACACCAACUCUGGUGCACCAGCCGCAUUAUACCAACGCGUCAGGGACCUCUUCCACACCCGCUCACCUGGACCCAGGGUCCCGGCUGAGGGACAGGAGGCACCCACUGUUACUGUGAAAGCCGAAGUGCAUGGGUCUACAGAGGCGACAACAGUACCCGAGCAGUCGGACAGUGACAGUGGUGCGGAGGCAACGAGGCGUGAUCAUCAUUAUGAGGAUAUAUACUUAUCGAGGGAUGAACACGCCAGAAGAAGGAGUAGCUCCCGUGACUCUGGCAGUCACAGCCGGCCAGGAAGCGCAGCCUUAGUUGUCGACUACUCCACCAAAGAGAAUAUCGAAAUAUCAAAUAAAGCUUACGAAGAAGUGUCUCCUAUGACAGAAAACCAAAACAAAUCGUCUAUAGCUACCAAACUAGCAGCGCUUACUCACAAAGCACAAAACUUCGCCAGCCGUAUCUCCUCAGCGGCAGGCAGUCGCCGCGCGUCCAUUUCCGAUGAGGCUGUUGUGGUGCAAGCCGCCUCUGCUUCUUCAGGGGUAUCCUCAGGUGGAAGUUCAGGAGACGAGGCACCUCCUCCGCCUCCGCCGCUACCAGCCCCGCCAGCACCACCGGCACCACCACCGAAAGUUCUAGAAGAACCGGCGCUGAGACCUUCGGAACUAAAGGGACGACUUGCGGGGCGGCGCGGGUCUGCGGCGUCCGCAGAUGACGAGAGACCACGCGGUGCCAACCUCGUCAACAAACAACCAGCCCUGCCGUUCGUGCCUCCCGCGUUCCCCAACAAAGCGCCCGACCGCCUCAUCAAACCCUCGGAGUAUUUGAAAACAAUCACGGCGCCCUGCAAGCGGGACGACCGCGCGGCGGAGGCCCGACCUCCGCCGCCGCCGCCCGUUCCUAAUGGCAACGUGCCGCCGCCGCCACCCCAGCCGCCAGCAGUGGCCCCGACACAACCCUUGGCUGCGAUCAGCAGCGCUGAACUCUCCGCGGUCAGACUCAGGACCCCAGCUACGAAAACAUUAUCAGCACCUCCGCCCGCGAGGUCUGUCAGUCUACAAUGCCUGUCGAGUGGAGCGGAGAAUUAUAAAAGCGCGAAAACGGACUUGAUCGAGGAACUGAAGAUGUCGAAAGAUAUAACCGGUAUAAAGAAGAUGAAAGUCGAACGUGCCAGGAGGGAGAGUCUUCAGGAUAAGGAGACGUUUACGGAGUUUACGAAGCGAUUCACAGCUGAGAACUUUGUCGAUCAGGGCUGUCCCCAGGUACCAGAGCGGGACGCGGCCGGGAACGUGAUCCCUGCAUGGAAGAGACAGAUGCUGGCUAGGAGAGCAGCCGAGAAAGCUAGACGGGACUUGGAGAGAGAGCUAGCUGGAGAGGCAGAGAGGAGAAGAGCGGCGGCUGUACCUGCGUGGAAGAGGCAGCUACUCCAGAGGAGAGAAGAGGCUGAGAAUAGACUGAGACAAUCCAUGUACACACCAAAAGUUGAAGAGACGACCGGCACCAACGGCUCCACGAACGGCGACUGGCGCGCCUACCCGAGCGGCACCCAGCGGGCAGUUUCUAUAGACAACAUUACUCUAUGCUACGAAACUCCCUCGCAGCCGGCCCGAGCGCCCUCGGAGGCGAAACUCUCCACUGACCAUUGUAACGGUUUCUCAAAUGGCAAACACGAAGACGAUGAAGAUAGCGCCAAAAUAAUACCGUGGCGAGCCCAACUACGCAAGACAAAUAGCAAACUUAAUUUACUCGAAUAGUUAGUUUAUGGUAAGUUAGUGUUGCAACAGUAAAAUAUAACUUGAUAUAAUUUCCAAGACUAACGAUAAUGCGUAUAAUGGAACGGUUACUUUCUGUCUCGUUUUCACUGUCCGAAAAUUGAGAUGGUGGGAAAGAGACAAGUCAUUUAUCGUUCCGUUUUACGCAAUCGCGUUAAGGGGUCUGUUGUGCAUGUUUCGUGUGACAAUGCCAUAGUGGAAGCAUAAUGUCUGUUACUUGUUAAUAUAAAGUGUAUAAAAUACGAUCAAACUCCAAAUUAAAAUAUUUUAGGCAAUUAUUUAAAAACAAAAUUGAGUUGUGCAGAUCAUCUUUUCUUCUUAAAGAAAUUAGUGGUUUUGCUGAUUUAGGAACGGAUUUUAGGUUAGAUAGUUUAUAUCGGAAAUAAUUAUAAU